UUUUUAUUUUUAAAAUUUAUAAUAUUAAUUAAAGUAUAAUAGAUAUAUUUUAGUAUUUUAUAAUUCCAAUUUAAUUUUUUUAUUGAAUAUUUUUAUUUUUGUAUUUAUAUUUUUUUUUUAAAUCAUCCUCACGCAACCAUCCACAACCGCAAACGCUAGCUAGAACUAACUUUUGAAUUUAUGAGAUUUAAGGGGGUGAUUGGUUAGGCUGUAGGAAUUGACUUUAGCUUUAAUUUUCAUCUACAACCUUAAAUAUUACCAAUCAUGUUUUAUCUUGGUUUUUAAAGCUACAAAAAAAAAAAACUAAAGCUACAUCAAAAACACACAAAAAAUGGUUGUAAAAAUCUUAUUUUCUAAAGUCUCAUCUUUUUAGCUGUAGGAAAUUUUAAAGCUAUAUCCCUUAAAGAUAAAUCAAAAAUCCUACAAACUAAAUUAUAAAGUAAAUUUUCUACAGUUACAUUCCGACUAAUCACCACCUUAUAGUGGUUUGAAAGUGUUUAGAACGGUUUAAGUGAUUGUUACAAAACGUCAAUAACCGGUACCAACCGCAAAAAGUGAUUUUGUGGGUGAUAGUGGAGAAACCAGUACCCUAAGAUGGAGUGUUGGUUUAAACCUAGGAUAAUUUGAAGCCGUCAUAAUAAUGAGUGCCGGCUCUUGGGGUGUGCUCAAAGUGCACAUGCACAGGGUCCUUCAAUAUUCUGAAAUUUUUUGUUUAAGAAUUAGGUUCCUAGUUUGUUAAACAGCACAUAGAUUAGGGUCCUAAUUUGUAAAUUUAAGGAAAUAUCAUUAUAACUUUUGGGAAAAAAAUAUGUCUGCACAAGGCCCAUAAUGUAUUUAAGUAAUAAUCUUGAAGGAUGAUCGUAUUCGAAUAAAAAAUCUAACUAGUCAACAAUCAAUCCUGACACUUUCGUAGUCCAGUGCCGGUCAAAUUGAAACCACCUUAUUUUCCCAUGACUAAUCUUUAAUUAGGAUUUAAAAUCAAAUUUGUUAGUGCUAUUUUCUUGUCUCAAGUCAAAAAUUAAAUCUUAACCUUUUGACAAAAGAAAAACUAGAACGACCUUUGAAUUAAGAAAAAUAUGAAAAACAUAUAUUAUUCCUUUAUAAAUACGCACCCAAAACUCAAAUGUUAAAAACAAGAAAACAUACAACUUCGUCUCUCGAUACAUAGCUCACAUUAAGAAAAAAACACAAAACUAAGAUGGCUCAGAAUGGUUCGAACAGUACUGUGAAGCUGCUUGGAACAUGGUCAAGCCCAUUCGCCUUGAGGGGUCGAGUCGCUUUACACCUUAAGUCCGUUGAGUACGAGUACAUAGAAGAAGCCGAUGUUCUGAACUCGAAGAGCGAUCUUCUUCUCAAAUCCAACCCAAUCCACAAGAAAGUCCCUGUCCUUAUCCAUGGUGACGUCUCAAUCUGCGAGUCUCUCAACAUUGUUCAGUACGUCGAUGAAUCAUGGCCCUCCAAGCCUUCCAUCCUCCCUUCUGAUCCUAAAGAUCGCGCCGCUGCUCGUUUUUGGGCUCACUUCGUUGACGGAAAUGUAUCAAGUUUCACCAAUACCUUUGUUUCUUUAUAUAUAACUCUUGUGGAAUAUGUGUAUAAUGUUGUGAACAUGGUGCAGUGCUUUGAAUCGAUCGAUGCGGCGGCUGGAGCAAAAGAUGAAGCCGGGAGGAUGACGGCAGCGGGAAGUUUGAUAGAAUGUCUAGCGGCGUUGGAGGAGGGUUUUCAGAAGAGCAACAAAGGCGGAGACUUCUUCGGAGGCCAAAACAUUGGGUACGUCGACAUUGCAUGUGGCGCCAUAUUGGGUCCACUAUCUGUCAUCGAGGCGUUUUCAGGUAUGAAGUUUUUGAGUCCAGAGACAACACCGGGCCUGGUCCAGUGGGCCGAGAUAUUCAAAGCACAUGAAGCUGUGAAACCUUACAUGCCAACCGUUGCCGAGUUCAUCGAGUUCGCCAAACAGAAGUUCAAUGUCUAGUGAGAAGAUGUUCUGAAAAUGAUAAUCUUUUGUGUGCAUUUAUAUAUGCAGUGGAGGCGAAUGUGUGUUUCUGGUUUAUGUUCUCCAAGAUUGUGUUUAAAAAAUAUGUUGUUUGUAAGUUACUAUUUUCGAGACAUGUAAUAUAUAUAAUAUUUCAUAAUAUGAAUACAAAUUAUACAAUAAACAUUAUGCUAACUAUCCUUUGUUUUUAUUUGUGGGGUUAAUGACUCUAAUCAUGUUUGUUGCUGUGAGUUUUUCUAUUUAUCGAUGAUAAAGUUAUGAACGAAAAACAAUUUCUUAACAUUAGUACCAGAAAAUAACAAUUUAAUUCAUAUAUACAAUAAGGAUUGGUUACAAAACUAGGGAUCAAUUGUUUGUCUAGACUCAUCAACACUUACCUCCAUAAAUGACAUCUACGUAUAUUUAACUAGAUAGAUCACAUUGCUUUAAAAUCUAUUUUACAAGGUAAUUGAUUUAGAGUCUCUUGCAGUGCGACGAAUCCAAACCUUAAAUACUGCAGCAGUACGGCUUCGCUGUUCAACCCCUAAUGUUGGGGAAACUAAUGCCUUCAUGAGCAAUAAGAUACGUUGUGAUACUUGACAUGAUUCAAGAACAAAAUACGUGCUGCUUAGAAUUCUGUAUAAUGAUUAGUCAUUCAAAUGAGGAAAUUAAGUGCAUAUAUAAAGACGUCAAAAUAUUGCAGAGAUGUAACAUAAUCCAUACUGCACAAACAAAUAUCUAUUCUAUUAAAACAACAGCACGUAUUGAUAAAAGAUCGUGUUCAACUAUUAUUUCAGCCAAGCAUACAUUUUAAAUAUAACUGCAAUUAAAUUUAAUUUCUGAAUCUAACCACCACAUAUACAUGCCUAAUAAUUGGGUAACCGCCACAUUAACCACCAUGACCAGUUUGAUUAAAAAAUAUAUCGAUGCAGUUAUUCAUACAAACAUCAAUUAAUAUAUCACGUCAGUUACCAAAGAGACAUUUAUGCUAAUAUAUAUAUUUUUAAUAGUAAGUGAGAUACCAAAGAAACAAAAACAUUAGAAAAAUCAACUUUGUUUUAAUUAAAUUUAUGCCAAUAUAUAUUGACAUUCCAAACACAUAUUCCAAUAUAUAUUGACAUUCCAAACACAUAUCAAUUGUAACUAUAACUUUCUUACUUUUUAAAAAAUUAAUCACUUUAAACAUAAACUACAAAAUUAAUGUGUGAAAUGACCGUGACACAAUUGUAUAGUUAUGUAACAUCACAAAUUCAAUACAAUGAUCAAAACUUCUUACUAAUAAUUUAAAAAAAUAUUAUACACAAACAUAUAAAUUAAAUUUCUUUAACAUAUAAGAAAAUUACAAAAAAUGUUACUUAUUUACAUUAAAAAAACAAAAAAAUUACAAACCAAUAUUAUACAUGCGGGUCAAGAUCUAGAACCGACACAUAUGAUUACAAAGAAACGGGAUAAAGACAAUAAGAUUGCAAAGAA